AUGGACGCCCAAGCCUACCUAAUCAAGCACGGCUGGUCCGGCCCGGGCAACCCACUGAACCCAAACAAACGACCGGGCGCACACAGCGGACUAGGCCUAACCCGACCGCUCCUUGUAUCGCGCAAAGCCAACAACCACGGCGUGGGCAAGAAGACAACCAAAGACCCGACGAACCAGUGGUGGCUACGCGGGUUCGAAGAUGCGCUGAAGGGCGUCGGGGACGACAGUUUCGAGGCGAACUCCGCGCGCGAGAACAACGCUCUGACGAGCGAGCUAUACCGGCAUUUCGGAUUGGCUGGUACGCUUGAAGGGACAGACAAGAAGGAAGACGAGAGCGGGACGUCUACUUCUAAGUCCAAGUCGAAGCGGAAGCGGGAGGAUGGGGAUGAGGGUGAUCGCAAGGCUAGGAAAUUGGCUAAGGCGGCGCGGAAGGUGGAGAAGGCCGAGAGGAAGGAGGCGAGGCGGGUGAAGAGGGCUGCGAAGGCUGAGAGGAAGGAGAAGAAGAUUGCUGGGAAGCUUGCGAAGAAGGCUUUGAAGGAGAAGAAGAAGACUGCUUCUGAGGAGGAUUAUCCGACGCCUACGUCGAUGGAUUUGGAGUCUGAUCAGACUGCGGCGGAGAUGACCGAGACGGAUGAGGCUGUUGCGCGGUUAAAGGAGGCGGCGAAAAAGGAGAAGAAGGAGAGCAAGAAGGCCAAGAGCAUAGGAGGUGACGAAGACCCGAAAAAGAAGUCUAAAAAGGAGAGGAAGGAUAAGAAGGAGGCCAAAGCCUGA